UUUAGUAGUGAUAGCUCUGAAAUGUUAGAUGGCUAUCAUACUUGUAAACAGUGUAUGUUUUUUUAAAUAAGGUGAUAGUGUAUCUAUAAUUUUUAUUAUGUGAUUUUUUUAACUUUAUUCUUAAAUAAUUUUUCAUUUAAGUCUUGUGACAUCAGUAUUAAUACAUAACAUAUUUGUUAUAUAAUAUUAUUAUUAUUAUUGUUAUUAUUAUUAUACACUGCAAGGAGAGAAACCCCUGGAACAGAACAUGAGUACAUGUUCUGCUAUAAGCAGAUCAAAGGCCUAGUGCCGGUCAUUUGUAAUUGUUAUAUCUUAGUUUGAUUUUUUUUCAAAAAAAAAAACUGCUUUUAAAACUUUUAACACUCAGCAUACAAUAUACGAAGAUUUGAAAAAACUCGUCCAGAGCUGCAUCCUAUUAAAGUUUAGUCACCAUGGUUUCAUAUUGGAAUCGAUUUAAUAGGACCACUUCCUGAAACAUCAGCAGGAAAUAAACAUAUCCUCGCUAUCUCUGAUUAUUGCACAAAGUGGGUAGCUGCAUUUCCCCUUAAAUCAAAAUUAGCCAGUGGUGUUGCAAUAGCAUUAUAUAAGUUGUUCAUGCAGAUGGGUAUACCAAAAGUUGUUACCUCUGACCAGGGCACAGAGUUUUACAACCAAAUAAAAAGGGAACUUAUGUCACUGCUAAAUGUGAAGCAUCAGUUUACCACAGCUUAUCAUCCACAGGCUAAUGGCUUAGAUGAGCGGUUCAAUCAAACCAUUCAGUUAAUGCUUGUAAAGUUUUGCAAUGACCGGCACAGUACAUGGGAUACUCAUUUGGAUGCAUGUACUUUUGCAUACAAUACGUCAAGGCAGGAGUCUAUAAAAUACACUCCCUUUGAGUUAAUGUUUGGUAGAAAACCCAUACUUCCUAUUGAAUUUGAAGUUGCUGGUAAAUCUCCUGAAUCGUUGUUAUUUGAUUUUAACGCAAGACCUGAGAGUAGUCAACAUUUUAUGAACAAAAUAAUAGAGGAAAGAUCAUGUAUCCUAGAAAAAGCUAAAAAAAAUAUCGAAACAGCUCAAGAAAAACAGAAACUGCAUUAUAACAAGAAGCAUGCUAAUCCAUUUGUUUAUGCAAUUGGAUCCAAAGUCCUGAUCAAGGUUUUUUUGCGGAAAAAACGAAAAGAUGGAAAACUAGAUUUCAGAUGGCUUGGACCUUUCUGUAUUUUGAAAAAUUUAGGAAAGGAGUCAUAUCUCUUACAAGAGAUAGCCACCUUAAAGGAAAAAAAUGUUAAUGGUGCUCACAUUAAGCCAUACAUUACUUGUGAUAUUAAUGUGGCAAUAACAGAGGCGGAUUCUUUUAAGGAAUGUAGUAAAAUUGGUAGUAAUCAUACAAAUCCAACAGGCAACAUCAGCGACCAGAAAAACAAAUCUGAUAUAUUUUUUACAUCUAGUAUUAAAUCUACUCUGUUGCCAAUGCAGUCCUCAAAAUCUAUUAUAUUGCCAAUGCAGUCCUCAAAAUUCUGCAACAAUCAUGAUCAUGAUUAUUGUACACCAGCAAAGAAAAAAUGUUAUGAAACAAAUGUAUCCAAUAAAGAUCAGAGAAUUGAGAUAAGUACAAUUGAGGUGGAAACCUACAAAAUUGCAUCCAAAGAAACAAAAAAGAAGGUAUUGUGGAUAAAAAACAGUUUGUGUGAGUUGACAUCCAUUGAAAGAAAUAUUCUUAGGAGUGAGAAUGAGUGGCUAACAGAUAGCAUAAUUUUUGCCUCACAGAAUAUUUUAAAGGCACAGUCAUCAAUAGCUGGUUUCCAAGAUCCUAUUCUAGGAUUAAAUAUGGCAUUUCUUGCAAUGAAAAAUAGUUUUAUCCAGAUACUCCAUGAUGGAUAUGGACACUGGUUUACAAUUAGCAAUAUAGGAGCGCAAAAAAUGAAUGAAGUUUUUAUUUAUGACAGCAUGUUGAACUCUUUGAGUGAUCAAGGGAAAAAACAGAUUGCUGCCCUUUUGGUAUGUCCUGAGAAAAAAAUUAUCAUUAAAAUAAUGGAUGUUCAAAAACAGAAAAGAGGAAAUGAUUGCGGUUUAUUUGCUGUAGCUUUUGCUGCAGCUUUAACUAAGCAGAUACAACCAGAUCAUUGUUUGUUUAAACAAAAUCUGAUGCGGGAUCAUUUAUUGAAAAGCCUUCAAGAAACGGUUCUUUCCAUGUUUCCAACAGUGAAGGUAAGUACAGAAAUUGGUGGGGUUAGCCGCAUUGAGGCUAUAGAUAUUUUCUGUUCUUGUCGAAUGCCGGCUGCAGGCCAAAUGAUUAAAUGUUUUGAAUGCGAUGAGUUAUAUCACUUAACAUGUUUAAUUGACUAUCAGAAACGUAUCUGUGAUAUCUUCUUUUGUGAUUCGUGCAAGUUAUUAUUUGAUAAUAAUCUAUGAUAUAUGUAUAGAUUUAUAUCUAUGGAUCUAUAUAUAUAAUUAAUUCAUUAAAACAUCAUAUUUGUUAUAUACUACUUAUUCAAUUUUCAAGAGUUAGAUAUUUUCUCUCUCUGUCGAAUGCCUGCUGCUGGCAAAAUGGUUGAAUAUUUUGAAUGCAAAGAGUUAUAUCACUUUACAUUUUAAAAAAAUAUUAUGAUUUUUAACUUAUAGAAUAAGCUGACAGAAAUAACACAAAAUAUGAUGUUUUAAUUAAUUUUUUUAUUAUUACACAUACUAUCAAAGAUGCCACUUCAGAUACAGAUAUGACUGUCACUUAACCUGUGUGGUUUUUUAGUUAUUUUAACUUUGUUUUUUCAUAUUUUAGAUGUUUUUUUUGUUUAGCAUAUAUUUUUAAGCAAAAUUUGUUUUCAUUAUUAUUUACUGGUAAUAUUUACGAAUAUCUUUAUGGAAAAAAAUAUUUAACUAAAUGUUUUGCAAACAAUCUAAAAUUUAAAUA